AUGUUGGCCCCCCAGGCGAAGAGGAUCCUGCCAUUUCCUGAGGUGGAACAUCUCACAGACCUGGCUCGGGGCCUCUCCUUGGUACCGCCCAGUCAGAAAGAGCAACUGGCCAAUGAAUGUCUUGAUCCUCAAUUCGUGGCAGCGCUGCGGCAGGCUUUUCACACUGCAGAAGACAGUGGCAAAGAGACUGAGUUGCUGAUGCUCUUUCGCAUUGCAAAGGGAGUCUUCAUGCUGGGAAACCACAACCUGACAAAGCGCUACCUCAGGCAGGAUAUGUUCGAGGACACCAUGGGCAUGCUGGAAUAUGAUGAGGGUGUUCCACCAGAGAAGCGAGUCCCGCACAGACAAGUUCUGAAGGUGGCCAUCCGCUUCAAGCAGGUGUUGUCGUUCCAGGAUGCCGAAAUGUUGAAGUUAGUGCACUUGAAUUACCGCUUGCAGUACGUGAAGGACUAUGUCUUGGCUCGCUGGCUGGAUGAUGCUGCCUUUGCCUCCCUGACCCAGCUGGUCAUUUUCAACAACACCAGCCUUUUGGAUUACUUGCGGCAGAGCGAUCCGCUGAUCCAGCAGCUCUUCGAUGGGCUCCGGAACAAGGACACGCAGAGCUUGCUCUUCCUACAGGAUGCGUGCAGGCUUGCGAAGACGAUGCCACAAAGUGAGCGGAAGCUGCUCUACGACAAAAUGAUGCAGAACAGGCUCUUUUCCGUGCUCUUGCAGUUUUUAUCCGAGGAGUCGGAGCCCAAGGACAGCACAGAGGGCCCAGUUCCUCGACAUUUGGCCAUGGAGGUCUUGGUCCAGUCAACACUCAGCGAUGCUGGGCAUUUGCGUCGCUUUUUGCUGGGUGGUGGCCAAGAAGAAGGGUCUGUACUUCUGGGACAUUUGAUUUGCUUACUUCUGGCGGAUCCUGAUCAUGGCGUCCAGAGUCAGGUGGCUGACAUUUUACAGCUGGUGAUGGAUCCGACGCAGGUGGCGCAAAAGAGCCGUGCCCAUUUCCUGGAUGCUCUCUACGAACAUGGAGUCGUGGACUUUAUUGCAAAGCCAUUGAUUGACAUUGCUGAAUCCUUUAAUGUUGGCGGGCAGCUUCAGCAGCUCUGUGACGGUGAUGAUCCACUGCAGGGCUGGUCCGAGGACUGCCCUCGUUUGAGCCCUUCUGGAGCUUAUGCCGUGCAGGCAAUCUGUGAGCUCUUAGCCUUUGCUGUGAUGAGCCAUGGUCAGCGUCCCGAACGGUUGAUCAAGGAGCAAAAUCUGGCAUGCAAGGCGGUCUUCGUGGCCGCGGCCACAGGGCAGAGAUACUUGCAACUGGCGCCGAUCCGGCUGGUCAAAGCGAUGGUGAAGGCACAGGACCACAUCUACCUGUACCACAUGAACGACACCGGCCUCUUCGGACUUCUAUUGAAGACGGUUGAGCAGAGCCUUCGACCGCCCGCGCUGGGCGGAGGAUUGCUCGCCUCAGCCACCUCUGACCUACUGGAGAUCAUCCGUUUGCAGAACGCCAAGCCCUUGGUCAACGACCUUUGCAGCAAAUACGAAGGAACUCUUCGUGCGCUCACACCUGUAGUCAAGGUGGCCGACGGGCUGCUGGAGCGCUAUUGGGCCAACAAAGCAGAGGCGGCACGUGCGCCGGGCCGGCAACUGCGCCGCACCUUGCCCUUCAGCGCCGAGGAGGCGGAAGGCGCAUCGAUCGAUGACGCCGACGUCGGCCCAAGGGCGCCCAGCCACACUGCGGGAGAGGAUGUGCUGGCCGGGAAGGACUUCUCCGAGAUCUUCGGCGCGGAGGCGGAGUCCGACUCCUCCGACUCGUCCGACUCCACGGUGUCCGAGGACGAGGAGGAAGAAGUGGCAGAAGAAGAUGAGGAGGAAGACACCAGCGAUGAGGAGUCCAAUGAACUGUCGCCAGUGGUGGAGGUGGUCGCAGCAGAGACCGCUGAGUCUCGACCGCCAGGAGGUCCUCAGGAGGUGUCAGAGACAGGCAUGAGUCCAGCACCACCAGGCGAGAAGACUUCGCCACCAGAGGUGAUGAGCAAUGAGGUUGUUCAACGAAAGCGGCAUGAGAGCCUCGAUGAGGAUGAGGCUCCAAGCGACGGCCGCAGCGAGCCCGAGAAGGCUGAAAAGCCGACCCAAAGCAGAGGUCUUUCGAGCGCUGCCCGCGCUGCCAUUCGACAUCACGCAAGCCGAUGUAGGCUGAACAAGCACCUCGCAGGGCCAAGGGUGAGGCACCACAGAAGCAGAAGGAGGAACUUAAGAAUCGGUCGCUAA